AGCGUAGAUAGUAAGAGAUAGAUAACAAUAAUAUAUAUACACCUAUUAAGUAGUACUAGGGCGAAAAAUAUCUCUUUUUUCCUUCACAUUCUCUUUUUGAAUAACAACCAAAUUGAAAAUGUCAUCAGCAACGCCAUUUAACAAGUCUAAUACGAUAGAUGAGCCGCAUAGAGUUAUUAAGGUGCAAGCGUCUGAUGGUAAAUCAGGGGACAACGUAGAGAUCUCUUAUACUAAUUGCAAAGUCGUUGGAAAUGGUUCAUUUGGGAUCGUAUUCUCUGCUAAAUUAAUUUCACCAAGAGAGGAGGAAAUAGCUGUCAAGAAGGUUCUCCAAGACAAGCGUUUCAAGAACAGAGAACUCCAGAUUAUGCGUAUAGUAAACCAUCCUAAUGUCGUCAAUUUAAAGGCAUUCUUUUACUCUUCAGGCGACAAACCAGGUAGAGAUGAAGUUUACCUCAACCUCGUACUCGAAUUCGUACCAGAAACUGUCUACAGGGCUAGCAGACAUUACGCCAAAUUGAAGCAAACAAUGCCAAUGAUACACGUAAAGCUCUACAUGUAUCAACUUUUACGCUCUUUGGCGUACAUUCACUCUUCUGGCAUAUGUCAUAGAGACAUCAAACCUCAAAACCUCCUUUUAAAUAUGUCAACUGCAGAGCUCAAACUUUGUGACUUCGGUUCUGCAAAGAUUCUUGUUCCCGGAGAGCCAAAUGUCAGCUACAUUUGCUCAAGGUAUUACAGAGCUCCGGAAUUAAUCUUUGGCGCUACGAAUUACACGACUGCUAUUGAUAUUUGGUCAACUGGUUGUGUUAUGGCUGAACUCAUGCUCGGUCAACCGCUCUUCCCUGGUGAAUCAGGUAUUGAUCAACUUGUUGAAAUUAUUAAAGUUCUCGGUACACCAACUAAAGAUCAAAUUAAAACUAUGAAUCCAAAUUACAUGGAACAUAAAUUCCCUCAAAUAAAACCACAUCCAUUCACUAAAGUCUUUAGACCAAGAACUCCACAAGAUAGCAUAGACUUAAUAACAAAUUUACUUCAAUAUACACCUGAACAAAGAUUAACGGCAAUUGAUGCAAUGUGUCAUCCAUUCUUUGAUGAAUUAAGACAAAAAGAUGCAAAGUUACCAAAUGGUGCUCAAUUUCCGCAAUUAUUUAAUUUCACGAAGGAAGAAUUAUCACUUAAACCUGAAUUAAAUAACAAAUUAGUUCCAGAUUUCGCUAAAUCUAUCCUCUUAUCUCAAUCAGGUAUAGAUUUAGAUAACUUUAAACCUAUACCACAUGAUCAAAUGCGUUUAUCAAUUGACUAAGUGAAAAAGAUUUAACUUCUUUUUUAAUCAUUGCAUACUUCAUGAUCAUAAUCAAUUCAAGUUUCCUUCCCGCAUGUAUAUUCAACACACAGAGUAAUUUUACCUUUUCUUCCUAUUAAGUUAAGUGUUUUUAAAUGUGAAGCAAAGAACCUAUCAAUGUCUCGACCAAUAUAACGAAUUUAUUAGUUCUUAUUUCUUUCAAGAAAUCAAUUUUACUUCCUUUAUUGUCUAUCUUCAGUCUUUAAAAAUACAUAUUUGUUUCGUUUAAC